AUGUCUGGGGUUGCUGAAUCUAAUACAGUUACCGGGUCUGCAAAGAAUGGAAUAUCUGAUUCUACUGAAGAGAAUUCUAGCAGUGGUCAUAGCAAGGAUGAGAGUUCCUUUUCAUCAGUUUCAGAUACGAAGGUCAGGAAGGUAGUUGAAUAUGACCAGCAGAAAGAUUUAAGGACUCUUGCAGAGUGGAUUUGCUCUGGAGCAGUUCAACCUGAAUGGGCUGGAGAUAUUACAUGGUCAAAUAGUAUGUUUAAUCCGCUGUUUAAGCCUAGUUUCAAUGAGGUUGAAACUAAAUGCAUGGAAGUCUAUGAGGAAAAGAAAAUGGAAACCAAGAAAAUCUUAGGUAACUUUGAUGGACAGAUUAGCCUCUCGGUGGACAAUCUGAGGUGCGAAAAUCACAUUGACCCUCGCUGCUGUGGUGAUUAUUUGUGCCUUUCCGCACAUUUUGUUGAUGAGAAUUGGAAACUGAAAAAACGGGUACUUUGCUUUAGUUCUCGUUCGGUUUCGGGUCCGUCUGAUGAUUCCCUUCACGGACAUGAAGAUUGGGGCAUUGAGAACAAGAUACGCGCAGUCACUGUGAAUAAUGGGAAGUGCUAUAAGGAAAUGGUUGAGCAUGUUAAAAGGCACAUCCAAGAAAAGAAGGAAUUCCAACUUAAUCCAGUGUUUCCUGUGUAUUGUUGUGGGGAAAUAUUCAGAGUAAUGGUGCAGGAUGCAUUUGGCAAGAUUGAAGAUAUCGUUUGCAAGGUUCAGCAGGUGCAUUAUUUUAAAACUUCUGAGCCCCUGUGGUCUACAAUAUGGUUAAAUCUGCAAGAAGCUGUGAAGUCAUGGUCAACAGGAAAACUCUCUACCAAAGAUGUGAUUGGUUCUAAUGACGUACCUUCCCCAGAGGAAUGGAAGAAAGUCGAAGGUGUUUGUAAAAUUAUAGGGAGCAUAGAUGAAGUAUCAGAAGCAUUAUUUUACACAACACCUCUAACUCCCAAUGUUUAUCUUUAUCACCUCCAUGAGCUUCACGGAAUUCUUACCAAAAUGUCCACUGACUCAGAUUGUUUUAAUAGAACAAUAGUUAAGGACAUGCUGAAAAAGUUUGAUCAGUAUUUGGAUAAUGACAUGUUCUUGCUGUUGACAAUGUCUGCAGCACUGGAUCCUCGAUUCAAGAUGAGAUAUAUUGAAUUCUUUUGUUCAGAGGUUAAGUGUAAGGACGAAAAAACACAAGUUGCAAAUGUUUUAUGGGCGAUGCAGAAACUGUUCGAUGACUACGUGAUCCGUUUUCCUACUGAAGGGGAGUCUUGUCGUUCUAGACGUUGGAAACGCAGUUUUAGAGUGGUAAAGGACUACCAGCAGUUCAUCUGUUCAAAUGACCGCCCUGCGAAAAAAUCAGACUUGGAUCGCUAUUUGGAAGAACCUGUGUUACCUUGGAGUCCAGAUUUUAAUGCAUUGUCUUGGUGGAGAACCGCAGGCACUGCGUACCCUACCCUUUCCCGGAUGGCACGGGACUUUUUGGCCAUGCCAAUGUCUCUGUCAACUGGAAAUGGUGUAUACUAUACUGUACCAAAGCCAGCUGAUGAACAUAUAGUUCGCUUGAAGCCAGACUUGAUGAAUGCCUUGAUGUGUACUCGAAGCUGGGUAUAG